AUGGCUUUGGCUAUCUUCGACAGUUGUAGGUUAACUCCUCUGAAUACCGAAAAGUUUGCAGAUCUGAUUUGAGGUUUCAAGGGAAUCGUUUAUACAAUAGCAAGUACUAUCUACUUCCUGUAUUUUCACCCAGCAUCCAAAAUUCCUGGCCCAAAGUUGGCUGCUGCCACCUAUCUUCCAUAUUGCUACCAUUGAUAAGUUUCCGCGCACGAUUAGUUGAUAAUAUAAAUUCCUGACGGAUAUAGGCUGCGUGGUCGAUAUCCAUGGUUUUUGUAAGGGUUGUUCGAAAAAUAUGGUAAUAAGAAAUAAUCAAUUAAUUUCUGUCCCCGUUUGCUUGUCCUAACGUCCGCACAGGGGUUAUCGUUCGUGUAGGACCAAAUGAGAUCGCAUUUUCCACACCACAGGCAGCAAUUGGUGAGUGUUGUAGUAGUCGAUCGUAUCUACCGGUAUUCCACUUGAACUGAUUUCCAAAUCUAGAUAUCUACGGGGCCUCAAAGAGGGGCCAGGAAGUUUUCUUGAAAACAGAUUUGAUGGACUUUGGUGCUGGCGACUUAGGAUUCAUCUGGGAAAAUGACCCUGCUAAGCGCAAAGCUGUGGGAAGGAAAAUCCUUCCUGCAUUCAGUACUAAAGCUUCCAAGAGUAUGGAGCCCCUGCUUCACCAUUACAUUGAUCUGUUCGUCGAAAGGAUGGGAGCACUCAGAGGGAAUAAGGAGGGUGCUCUUAUGAAUGACGUGAGUAUUGAGACUGGUUGAUUGUUUGUUCUGGGAACCGACCUACUGACAGGCAUGCUUUUAGUGGCUUCUCUGGCUAGGAGCAGACAUGGCAGCUGAUCUGGCCUACAACCGUGAGUUGCAUCAUAUGAGGAAUGGUAAGAAUUGACUAUCUAUGUGAAAGUAUCUGUGGACUUAUUUCCGUAUCAACAUCUUACACGCAGCCAAAUCGUCUGAUUUCAUCGAGACUCUGCGCGGUACUAGCUUCGUUGGGACCUUGAUGCAACUUUCCAAGAAAGUUCCCAUUAUUACACUAAUCACCCCUAUAUUCAUCCCACUCAAGGUUCUCCGCAGGAUACCAGCAGUUUUCCAAGCUGUGGAGUAUAUUCUGGCAUUCACAACCAUAUGA